AUGAUCCUGUUCAACGCCUCUCCAAAGUACAUCAGGUCGAAGUACGGACGUGCUUUGCAACUUUUCAGCUCUUUGAUUCUUCUGUUCAAGAAAGGUGAUGUUGAAGACUUGAAGACUCUUCCGUCACAAGUCUACACCGUGUUUGUCGGAAUCAUCCUGAAACGCUCGCUAGUAAGGAACAAGCCGAUUUUCGAUGAUCAUAAUUUCUGCACCGUGGGCUACAUGUACGUAGUGAAGCAGUUAACAGAGCGGUGUCACGAAUGCCAAUUCCUCAUCGACUUCAAGAAAACAUUCGAUUCUACUGAGCUGAGUGCAGUGUCAACCUUCUGA